CCACUACGUUUCUCUUUCUUUCUCUGAUCUCUCUCUCUCUCUCUCUCUCUCUUCAUAGCAUGUGACGUUUUCUAAAACAAUGGCGACAAUCAAAUCCCAUCCAGUUUAUUGACUUUCCUUUUUCUUCCCCUCUCAAACCCCUAAUUUGAAACUCUUCUUUCAUUUUGAUCCCUCUCCCUCGCUCCACGCUGUCAUUUCUCUCUCUAGAGUUGGAGUUGCAGUGUGCUAUUGGGAAAUUUCGAGCAAGGCUGUAAUUUGGGGUUUUCUGGACUGCUGUAGUUUGUGUUUAAGUUGAUUGUAGUUCUGCAGCUGAAUUGUAGGUGGGUUUUGUGAUUGUUGCACUUCAAAAUUUAGGGAAUUGGCAGAGAUCUGUUGAGUGAAUUGCAGGGUUUUGGAUCCGAUCGUAGGAGAAACAGCGCCACUAGAUGGCGCUGUUCAGGCGUUUCUUUUACCGGAAGCCGCCGGAUCGGCUUCUUGAAAUCUCGGAACGGGUCUACGUGUUCGAUUGCUGCUUUUCCACUGAUGUACUGGAUGAAGAUGAGUAUAAAUCUUACAUGGGUGGGAUUGUAGCUCAGCUACAAGACCACUAUCCUGAUGCAUCUUUCAUGGUUUUUAACUUCAGAGAAGGGGAUAGGAGAAGCCAAAUAUCUGACAUCUUGUCUCAGUAUGAUAUGACUGUCAUGGAUUAUCCUCGGCAAUACGAAGGGUGUCCACUAUUGCCAUUGGAAAUGAUCCACCACUUUUUGCGGUCUAGUGAGAGUUGGUUGUCACUUGAAGGUCAGCAAAAUGUGCUGUUGAUGCACUGUGAGAGGGGAGGAUGGCCUGUGCUGGCCUUCAUGCUUGCAGGUCUUCUUUUGUACAGAAAACAGUACAGUGGUGAGCAGAAGACACUUGAAAUGGUAUACAAACAAGCACCUAGAGAACUUCUUCAUCUUUUGUCUCCUUUGAAUCCGCAGCCAUCCCAGCUUAGAUAUCUUCAGUAUAUCUCUAGGAGAAAUCUUGGUUCAGAUUGGCCACCAUCAGACACACCUCUAGCUUUAGAUUGUAUCAUACUUAGGGUCAUCCCUCUAUAUGAGGGUGGAAGUGGCUGCCGACCAGUAGUUCGUGUUUAUGGUCAGGAUCCUUCUUCGACUACAUCUAACAGGAGUUCCAAGCUCCUUUUUGCAACUUCAACUACAAAAAAGCAUUCUCGACUCUACCGACAGGUAGAAUGUGAGCUAGUUAAAAUAGACAUUCACUGCCGUGUCCAGGGAGACAUCGUUGUUGAGUGCAUUCAUUUGGAUGAGGAUCUAGCAAGGGAAGAAAUGAUGUUCAGGGUCAUGUUUCACACAGCUUUUAUAAGGUCAAAUGUUUUGAUGUUAACCCGUGAUGAUGUUGAUGUCUUGUGGGAUGCAAAAGAGCAGUUUUCUAGGGACUUUAAGGCAGAGGUACUCUUUUCGGAUGCGGAUGCUGUUCCACCUAUUAUACCAACAGAAGCACGAAAUGAAGAUGGGAAUGAGACAGAGAGUGCCUCACCUGAGGAGUUUUUUGAGGUGGAAGAGAUAUUUAGUAGCGCAGUUGAUGUGCUGGAUGCAAGGGGUGAUUCUGAUACCCAUGUGCAAGAGAGCAGGGAGGAUGAUGAGAGUGAUGAAGUAGUAUGGAAGGAGGAAUCAGAGCAUCACUCUUUUCAAGAUUGCGCAUCUGAAGAAGGAAAUCAGAGGCAUGAUAUUAGGAUAGAUUCUAAUAAUCCUGAAACAGAUGUCAACGUUAUGGGUGAUGAGUAUGUUGUGUUGGAUUCCUCUGAUGUGAUUCUCAAUGAUUCUGGUAAUGGAGAAUCUAAAUCAGUAAUUUCGGAUGUUUGUGAUAAAUCAGUAGAAGUGGAGAAUAAGCAAAAUGGGGAAACUGCACUCGCACAAAAGAAGCUAGAAAGGCAAGGUUCAGAAGAGAAGACUGGAGGUGAUAGUAAUAAACAAAAGUCUGACAAUGCACCUGUCACUGCUUCAAAGAAACAGCAGUUAGCAAACCCAAAACCUUCAUCAGAUACCAGUGCCAAAAACAAAUCUAAACAACAAGAAUUUCAGGGAAACGUUUCAAGACAGGCUAAGCCAAAUGUAGUAUCUCGAUGGAUCCCUACUAAUAAAGGCUCUUAUACCAAUUCAAUGCAUGUAUCAUACCCACCAUCAAGGUAUAACAGUGCUCCACCUGCAUUUGCACUUGCUAAGGAUUCUCAGUCAGGUGGGAAAUCAAGGUCUGCAUCUCCUCGUACUUCUACAGCUUCUAUUGCUUCAGUAAAUGGUACUGCUGAAGCAGCUGGUUGUGCACAGGGAAAACAGUCUUCUUGUCCUCCAUCAUCUGACACAUCAAUGUCUCAAACAGCAUUAACUCCCUCUUCCACUUCUCCUCCAGUUGAGUGCCAAGACCUACAAGAUACCGGCUCCUCAUCAUCUCAAGUCCCCUGUGUGCAGGUAGAAGUGAGUGGUGUCUCACCAUCUUCUCCAUCUCUAUGUCUGCCUCAACAAGAAAGACACAGCGUAACAGUUUCUACCAAUAGUCAACCUCCUCCUCCACCACCCCCUCCACCACCCUUGCCCCUGUUUUCUACACGCAUUGUUGUCUCUACUUCAUCAUCGCCUGCUCCUCCUCCACCACCUGCACCCACUACCUCAACAAGCUGGGCUAAUAUAGCUUCUUCUGUGGCACUGCCAAAGUCUGUGCCAAUUCCACCACCGCCCCCUCCACCAUCUGCGGCAUCUACAGUUAAAUCUGCUAGUGUUGGAGGACCUUCAUAUUCACCACCUACUGCCCCUCCUCCUCCUCCACCUCCUCCUCCUCCUCCUCCUCCUAUGUUUAGAAGUACUCCUUCGUUUGUGUCAGGUCCUGCAAAUCUUCCAUCAACUUUACAGGGUGUUCCACCUCCCCCACUGCUGCCUUCACAAAGUUGUCCACCACCACCACCGCCACCUCCUCCCCCCCCACCGCUUUCACAUGGUGCUCCAAUGCCACCCCCUCUUCCUCCCCCACUACCUUCACAUGGUACUUCACCUCCUCCACCGCCUCCACUACCUCCUUCACGGGGAGCUCCACCUCCACCUCCACCUCCCCCACCUCCUCCACAGGUGGGAGGUCCUCCUCCGCCACUUCCUCCAUUGCGCGGGGCUCCUCCUCCCCCACCUCCUCCAUUGCCUGGGGCUCUUCUUCCCCCACCCAUUCCACCAAGCUGGGGAGGUGCACUACCUCCUCUGCCUCCACCAAGCAGUGCAGGAGCACCACCUCCACCGCCUCCGCCAGUUCGUGGAGGAGCACCACCUCCACCGCCUCCGCCAGUCCGUGGAGGAGCACCGCCUCCACCGCCUCCACCAAUCCGAGGAGGAGCACCACCUCCACCGCCUCCACCAAUCCGAGGAGGAGCACCACCUCCACCGCCUCCACCAAUCCGAGGAGGAGCACCACCUCCACCGCCUCCACCAGUCCGAGGAGGAGCACCACCUCCACCGCCUCCACCAGUCCGAGGAGGAGCACCACCUCCACCACCCCGCGGAGGAGCACCACCACCCCCACCACCUCCAGGGGGUCGUGUACCUGGUCCUCCACCACUAGGAGCACCGGGCCCUCCUCCACCACCAGGAGCUCCCAGACCUCCAAGUGGUGCACCUCCUCCACCUGGGAGAGGUCUUCCUUCAGCAAGAGGGCGUGGACUUUAUGGGAGAGGACCUCCUGCAGGAGCCGCUCGAAGAUCUACCUUGAAGCCACUGCAUUGGAGUAAGGUAACCAGGGCAGUACAAGGAAGCUUGUGGGAGGAAUUACAGAGAAAUGGAGAACCUCAAAUAGCACCGGAAUUUGAUGUUUCAGAACUUGAGACUCUUUUCUCUGCCAUAGUCCCGAAGUCAGAUAAAGGUGACAAAUCUGGAGGGCGACGGAAGUCUCUUGGAUCCAAGCCUGACAGGGUUCAUUUGAUUGACUUAAGAAGGGCCAAUAACACUGAAAUUAUGCUCACAAAAGUCAAGAUGCCACUUCCAGACAUGAUGGCUGCUGCAUUGGCUAUGGAUGAAUCAAUAUUGGAUGCUGAUCAAGUAGAAAAUCUAAUUAAGUUUUGUCCUACAAAAGAAGAAAUAGAACUUCUUAAGAAUUACACUGGUGACAAGGAGAAUCUGGGGAAAUGUGAACAGUUUUUUUUGGAACUGAUGAAGGUGCCGCGCGUAGAAUCAAAAUUAAGAGUUUUUCUCUUCAAGAUUCAAUUCAACUCACAGGUCUCAGAUUUCAGAAAAAGUCUGAACACUGUGAACUCUGCUUGUGAAGAGGUCCGGAAUUCUUACAAACUGAAGGAAGUCAUGAGGAGAAUAUUACAACUUGGAAACACAUUGAACCAGGGAACUGCCAGAGGAUCUGCUGUUGGAUUUAAAUUGGACAGUCUUUUAAAACUUACUGAUACUCGUGCCACUAACAACAAGAUGACACUCAUGCAUUACCUUUGUAAGGCUUUUGCUUCAAGGUCACCUGCACUUCUGGACUUUCAUGUGGAUUUUGUAAGCCUAGAAGCUGCAUCAAAGAUACAAUUGAAAUCUUUAGCAGAGGAAAUGCAAGCAAUUAUCAAGGGAUUGGAAAAAGUAAAGCAGGAACUAGCUGCAUCUGAAACUGAUGGCCCUGUAUCUGAAAUUUUCCGGAAGACACUAAAAGAAUUCGUUGGAGUUGCUGAAACAGAGGUGUCGUCUGUGACGAAUUUAUAUUCCACAGCGGGCAGGAAUGCUGAUGCACUGGCACUGUAUUUUGGUGAGGAUCCUGCCCGCUGCCCAUUUGAGCAAGUUACUGCAACUCUCUUAAACUUUGUGAGGUUGUUUAAAAAAGCCCAUGAGGAGAACUUGAAACAAGCUGAAUUAGAAAAGAAGAAAGCUCAGAAGGAGGCUGAAAUGGAGAAUGCUAAAGGCAUUAACCUUACAAAGAAAGGCCCUAAAGGAUGAGAAUUGUUUAAUGUCUUCCUGCCCGAGGAAUUUAUGGUAUCGGACAAUCUGUCUUCAUUGCCUUGUGGCACUCAUUGCACAAAACCUCCAGGACUUAGGAAGGACUUUGGUUUUGUGGAAUUCAAGGUAUGAAGUGCAUUUCUAAGGCUUGUAAACCUGAAAGUGCAGUUAAUGGCUCAACUGGGGAAGCAGAAUCGCAUGCCAGUGCAAUUUUUGGAUAGUAGGCUGGUUGCAGACAAGUCAAACAAUCACGCAACGACUCCUGGAAGUCUUGUCAAUUGCUUCGACCAAGAGAGCUUCUCAAAAUAAAACUAAAGAGAGUGCGUGCUUUUCAGAGUGUAAAUUUUGUUAUUGAUUUGAUGAAUCACCUUCCAUAUGCCAUGGUUGGACAGGAAGUAAUUGAUUGACUCGGUUUCUGCACUCGACACCUGAGGUAUUUCCAUCAAAACUGUAAAGUGGAAGACCUGAAGGUAUCCAUGAAUCUUGUAUAAAACAUAGCACUGUAUCUAGAUUCAAUAUUUGGAUUAAUUCAUUGUAACAUAGGGAGAGGUUCCUGUCCAUGAAAGAAUUUGGUGGGAAUUGACCACGAAAUUUGUUGUACAGAAAUUAGCAGAGGGUAGGGUAGGGUAGGGUAGGGAGAUAGGUUGUGUUAGUGUAACAUUGAUGUAUCAAAGCAUAGGCUGGCAGAUUAGAUGUCUCUUUCUUUUACUAUAUGCUAAUUCUUUUUCUGAACAUAUAUUUUUGUGAUCAUGUCAGGUAUUAAUACAAUAUUUUGUUGGUUAAGUUGUCAA